UUGCUGGACAAUUCACAAAACUCGUUUUUUUUUUUUUCAUAUUUAUACAUUUAUGAAAAAGUUAAAUAACUGAAAAAAAAAAUAAUAAUGGAUCAAUUAAAUCACGAAGAAGUUUUGAAAAGAAAAUACUUGGCCCGUAAUCCAGGUGAUGCAGCUACAAAAGCUUAUAUUGCUUCGAAAUAUUUAGACACUUCUGAAAAACCUAAAAAGAAAAAGAAAAAGUCUAAAAAAGCAUCUUAUCAAGGCAUUGGGAUAAUUGAUGAUGAAGAGGACAUUUCAUGGAAAUCUCAACCUCAAGAGCCAGAACCAGACGAUGAUGACGAUUAUAAGGUUGUAGAGAAAGAUGUAAAGACAGAGAUUGUAAAUAAUUGGGAGAUUAUUCGUGAGGGUAGUGAGGAGACGGAGGAUGAGAGACCUGUGGUGGUUGAGGAAAAAACUGAAAGAUCCAUACCUCGCAUGUCAAAUGGCCAACGGGCUGGUAUAUUAACAAAAGAAGAAAUCAAACGAGAAGCAGAGAGAGCGCGAUUGGCAGAACAAAGAGCGUUAGAAGCCUUAAAAGAGUCUGAGGCAAAAACUGUGUAUCGUGAUACAUCAGGUCGUAAAGUAGAUAUCAAAAGAAAGCGAGCAGAGGAGUUAAAAGCAAGGCAGGAAAAGAUUGAAAGGGAAGCGAGAAAGAUGGAAUGGGGAAAAGGUUUAGUACAACGAAAGGAAGCAGAAGAAGAAAAAAGACGACUUGAAGAAGAAAAAUAUAAACCUUUAGCAAGAUAUGCUGAUGAUGAGGAUUUAAAUAAUGAAUUAAAAGAAAAAAUAAGAUGGAAUGAUCCAGCAGCAGGUUUUUUAACAAAUGAAUCAGGUAAAAAAUCUGAAGGUAAAAAGCUAGUAAAGCCUACAUAUAAAGGACCAUGGAAGCCAAAUCGCUUCAUGAUUCCUCCAGGAUAUCGUUGGGAUGGCGUGGAUAGAUCAACUGGAUUUGAAGAUCAUUUCUUGCUACAACAAAAUCAAGCAAAGUCCAGAGCUGUGGAGGCUUAUUCUUGGUCAACUGAAGACAUGUAAAAGGAAACAAAAAUAUUAUUUCCAUUACAUAAUAUUCAAUGUAUUUUUACAUAAUUAUUUUAAAAUGAAGAAUAUAUAACAUUUAUUCAUAUUUGACUGUACAUACAAUACUACUAUAUGGUAUUCUUAUAAAACAUAUAAACUAGCAUUCGUAACAUAUAUUCUAUAUGUGCAUUUGAGAAACAAAG